AUACCACAAGAGAAGAAAGCUUAAGAAUACCAAGAGCUGACUACAAUAAAGAAGAGGAGCCUAGAGAAAGAAAGAAUGAAGAAGAAGCAAAACCACAAAGUAUAGAAGCAACAUUAAUAGAGAUCCUAAGAAGGUUGGAGAAUUUGGAGUGA